UUAACCGAUGUCCUGUACGAACGCUGUGUUGUUAUUGUUAUUUUGUUCUACACUGCUUCGCACGGGUGCAUCACUUGCUUAACAUAAACGCGUCUCCCAACAUUUGUACUGAUGCAGUCAUCGAAAGGAUAAACUCUUCAUGCAAACUGCACCUAGUAUCAAGAAGAAGAAUAAGAAGUUUCCAUGCAAACUGCACGUAUCGCGAAGAGGAAGACGUUCGUCUCCGCCCCUCAACCACCAACAACACACUCUCCAUAUUUCACAACAAUCAACAACACUUCAAGAAGAUGAUUGGACCUAGGAGCUAACCAGGCUACUAGUCUCGCACUUAAAUCAAAUAGAAGAUUAUAAUACUAGAAGCCUUCCCAUAGCACUGCAGUCAUUCUGAGGAUGACUAGUGACCAUAAAUAGAGAAGAAGAUUAGAUUAACUCAGAGCAGCAUUGACUUUACUAUAAGAAAGUUGUGACCUAUCCUACAGACACUAAUUCCAGAUAAGAAGGUGGACACAUAUUGAUAGCAUCGCUGAGAACCGAUAAACGACAAUGGUGCCAUUGGUUGUAAAUCAUCAGUCUGCCAGCUGUAUAUCAUCUAUGUCUUAGUCUAGAAGUGGUGUGCAUUUUGAGAGUUUCUAUAGACAGUGCUUAAACUGUCUUUUCUUUUACUCAUUGUCUGAAAGAAAUUCACAAACAUCUCUCUUAAUGUGAGAGAAAUGUUCACUCAGAAGUGUUUAUUAUAUCUAAAAGACUUGAUAAAUUCUAACAGCACACAUGAAAGGUCAUUCUGGAAAGAAGUCAUAUUACUCAAAGAUGUGCUUUUAGUAAACCUUUGAGAAUUCUUACUAAAGAAGAACAAAUCAAAUUGUCUAAAAUACUUUGAACUAACUAGCUGAAGUAAACAAAAAUUAUAUUAAUAUAAGAAUGAAUCCACAUCAUUGUUUGCAGUGUCAAAAAGACUUCUUGAGCAACUCAAAACUAGUAAUACAUAUGAGAGUUCAUUCAGGAGAGAAACCAUACCAAUGUUUAGAGUGUUUAAAAAACUUUUCAAUCAAAUCAAAUCUAGUACAACAUAUGCGAAUUCAUAAAGAAGAAAAACCAUAUCAGUGCUUAGUGUGUCUUAAAGUCUUUUCAAAGAAAUCAGCUUUAGUAACACAUACAAGAGUUCAUACUGGAGAAAAACCACAUCAGUGUUCAGAGUGUUUAAAAAACUUUACAACAAAAUCAAUACUAGUCAAUCAUAUGAGAGUUCAUACAGGAGAAAAGCCAUUUAAGUGCUCAGAGUGUGUAAAGAGCUUUUCACUUAAUUCAAAUCUAGUAAAGCAUAUAAGAGUUCAUACUGGAGAGAAACCAUUCAAAUGUUUUGUGUGUCUUAAAGACUUUUCCAUUAAAUCACAUCUCAAACAACAUAUGAGAGUUCAUACUCAAGAAAAACCAUAUCAGUGUUUGGAAUGUCUAAAAUACUUUUCACAUAAAUCAUCUUUAGUAAAUCACACGAGAAUUCACUCAGGAGAGAAACCAUAUCAAUGUUCAUUGUGUCCAAAAAACUUUAGACAUAAAUCAAUUUUAGCAAAACAUAUGAGAAUUCAUACAGGCGAAAAGCCAUAUAAGUGUUCAUUGUGUCGAAAAGACUUUUCAAUUAGAUCAAACCUUGUGAUGCAUUUGAGAGUUCAUACUAAAGAGAAACCAUAUCAGUGUUCAGUGUGUCCAAAAAACUUUUCACAUAAAUCAGUUCUAGUAAAACAUAUGAGAAUUCAUACAGGAGAGAAGCCAUAUCAGUGUUCAGUGUGUAAAAAAGACUUUUCAGUCAAAUCAUGUUUAGUGAAACAUAUGAAUAUUCAUACAGGAGAGAGACCUUAUCAAUGUUUUGAAUGUCACAAAGCUUUUUCAGCCCAGUCAAGUUUAUUAAAACAUGCAAGAAUUCAUACAAUGUUGAAGUGUAGUACCAGGUAAGUCAAUGAGACCUGCAGACAAGUAUGUGGAUAAAAACAGCAUUAAUGGACAAGCUAUUAUUGUUAAAUGUUUCCCUUAUAUAAACUUUAUCAAAAGUUGA